CAGAGGACGGAGAGAGAGAGAGAGAGAAUGAAAAAAAGAAAUAAUAAUGUACACAUACAAUUCGAGGCUGUUUAUCUGCUUUGCCCACCUUAUAUUCAGUUUAGUGUCACAGUUGUCAUCGGCAGACGAGUGUCAGCUGAAUAAACGCAUAGGGUUCGAGGCGUGCGAUCAGAUGCGUGAAAAGGUAUUAAAAAUGAUCCACCAAAAUUGUCGUCAGGGUGUCUACCCGCGCUCAAGCGUAAACAGGUUUGAAGUACCGGAGGACAAAGUGCCCUGGUCCAAAGAAUUUCCCGAUUACAAUCCUGCGUCGUACUCAGCGCCCACAAUCCAGGGACAACCGUGGGCAGAUCCAGACAUUAGCGAUGCUCAAUUCACACCAAAGUGGAAUGACAUGGACGGCAACGUCAACCGCAAAAGCCACACCGGUGAGUAUACAAUCAGUGAUAAAGGAUUUCCACUGAAUCCGGUGGGCCGCACAGGGAUCAUCGGCAGAGGUCUGCUGGGCCGCUGGGGACCGAACCACGCAGCAGACCCAAUAGUUACACGUUGGAAAAGGAACGGAACAGGUGCAGUUGAGAUAAGCAGAGUAACAGAGAAUCCGAUCCUUCAGUUUAUUGCUGUGCAGAGGAGAGACUCUGGGGACUGGGCUCUUCCAGGGGGGAUGGUGGAUCCUGGGGAAGUUGUAACUUCUACACUUAAAAGGGAAUUCAUGGAAGAGGCUAUGAACUCGUUGGAGAAGGAUGAGGCACAGGUUGAGGAACUGAAAGAAUCAGUGGAAGAAUUCUUCAAGAAAGGAGAUGAAGUGUAUAAAGGAUAUGUUGACGACCCGAGAAAUACUGACAAUGCAUGGAUUGAAACGGUAGCUUUAAACUUCCACGACGAAAAUGGAAGCAUUGCUGGCAAGCUGGAGUUAAGCGCUGGAGAUGACGCUGCUAAUGUUUGCUGGACUGACGUUAAUAAGGAAAUCGAAUUGUACGCUAGUCACAGAGAUUUCAUUAAACGAACCGCACAAAUGCACAAUGCACAUUGGUAGCAAAAAAUUUUUUGAAGGAGAUCGAAGAUUGUAGUUGGUACUAAAUAUAUUGAUGUGGUUGCAGGCUAUUUUUUAUAUACAUUAAGCUAAGACUUGUUAUUAUUAUUAUUAUUAUGACGGGAGAAACAAUCGUAUUUUUUUAACAAGUAUUACAAUCUAUUUUUCUACCAAUUCUCGGAGAUAAGCAAUGACAGAAAAUCCGGAAUAUAUGCUAUCGGAUACAAACGUCUACUUUGAUUAAUUCUCAUAAUUCAAUUUCAGAA